ACAGGAAUGGCGGCGCUAGCAGAUAGAGGAAGAACCUCUAAGACCAUGAAACUUUAUUGCUAACACCAUUCACAGCAUCUGAAACUGGGAGGAUAAGUCAGAAACUUUGCACAUCCACGGGGAGGAUUAAUACGAAGCACAUUUCACUCCCUUGUGGCAUAUGAUACUAACGUCGGGAGUAGAUUGCUGACUUGGGUAGCUAGGUAGCGUACAUUGGCUACCUGGCUAGCUAGCGAGUAGCUAAGUUCGCUGAUAGCUAACGUUAGGCUAAUAAUACUCGAAACAAGUUGGCUAGCUUGUGCGCCUACUUAUGUCUGUCUGGCUCGCGGUAACUUGCUAGCCAGUUCAAUCGGAACCGUUUUUCCUUUGCAAUAGCUAACAUAGCUGUUUAUCCGCAAGUGUACUAGCUAGGCUAGGGCUAAGCUGGUAACGUUAGCUGGCUAGGUAGCUACUAAGCUAGCCAGCUCGCGAGACAGCGUUUAUUUCGCUUUGGUGGCUAGUUUCUGCAGUUUGGUAAGCUAGCUCUGUAAUUAGCUAGCUACCAAGCUAGCUAGCGCUACCCAUAUCCUGUGCUACGAUGGAAAGUUUAACCUUAAGUGAUGUGGAGCAGAAAUAUUACUCGGAUUUAUUUGUGUACUGCGACACAGAGAACACCAAGAAAGUGGCCUCCAACGGCAGAGUUCUUGACCUUUUCCGAGCGGCCCAGCUACCCAACGAGGUGGUACUGCAGAUCACCGAGCUUUGUGGUGCCACUCGUCUGGGAUAUUUCGGACGGAGCCAGUUCUACAUCGCGCUCAAACUCAUCGCCGUGGCCCAGUCCGGACUACCACUCCGAGCAGAGAGUUUAAAUAGCGUGAAGGACCUGCCCCUGCCCAGGUUUGUAGUGGGUAAGAAUGAGCAGGAGGCCAGACACGCUGCCCUGUAUCCCGACUCGGAGAACCAAGGGCCUUACUCGGGCGUGAUCCCGCGACCCCCAGGACGGGUGCAGGCCAAGAAGGUCCCGGGCCACGAGGUGAUCCAGCCUGCGGCAGAGCCCCAGCCUGACACCACAUCCCCCGUGGUGUCCCCCCACCAAUCUCCGCCAACCUCUCCGCACUCCUGGAGGAAGCACAAGCGUCAGACCAGCAGCGGGAACUCGGAAAGGCAGCCCGUGGUAGCAGGUGCUGUCUGGACACCCUUCGGUGAAGCACAAUCAGGGCCUGUGGCAGGCGAUGCAAUGUGGUCUGCCCACUCUCCCCCUCCCGUUCAGGAAAGCUGGGUCAGUUUCACCGAUACUCCCUCUACCAGCACACUUCCACCAAUGCAUCCCUUGUCAGCCCAGGUAGAGAGCACAACAGUACGGAAUGUGGCUUCGGCGGCGACAGCGAAUGAAAUCCAAAGGCAAUCUAGUAACUAUGACGACCCCUGGAAAAUCACAGACGAGCAGCGGCAGUAUUACAUCAACCAGUUCAAGACCAUUCAGCCAGACCUGAACGGAUUCAUCCCCGGAUCUGCAGCCAAGGAGUUUUUCACUAAAUCAAAGCUGCCUAUCCUUGAACUGUCACACAUUUGGGAGCUGUCUGACUUUGAUAAAGAUGGUGCUUUAACACUGGAUGAGUUCUGUGCUGCGUUUCAUUUGGUGGUAGCAAGAAAAAAUGGCUAUGACCUUCCAGAAAAACUGCCAGAGAGCUUAAUGCCAAAGCUUAUUGACUUGGAUGACUCAGCAGAAGUCCCUGAUGCGGUUCCAGAAGUGGGGUACUCCAGUUCUCCUGUGGAGGUGACCCCCAACAAGUCCCCCUCCAUGCCCUCACUAAACCAGAACUGGCCUGAGAUGAACCAGAGCAACGAGCAGUGGGAGACUUUUAGCGAACGCUCCUCCAGCUCACAAACUCUGACCCAAUUUGAUUCUAACAUUGCACCAGCUGACCCUGACACGGCCAUAGUUCACCCCGUGCCCAUCCGCAUGACCCCCAGCAAGAUACACAUGCAGGAAAUGGAGCUGAAGAGGACAGGAAGUGAUCACACACAUCCUACGAGCCCGCUGAUGGCGAAGCCUCCAGAGCUGUCUGAGGAGAAUAAGCUGCCGUCUUCUAUGAAGUUUGUAACUAGUAACACCACAGGUGAUGGAUACAGCAGUUCCGAUUCGUUCACGUCGGAUCAAGAGCCAAUGGGAGGUGCCGUGACGAGACAAAGAUCUCACUCGGGGACGUCUCCCGAAGGGCUGAAGGCCACGGCGCCCCCGCCGCCCCCUCCCCGACCCCACGCCUCUCACUCCAGAUCCUCCUCGCUGGACAUGAACCGAAACUUCGCCGCAGUGCCCGCGGGGCAGCAGCAGGCCGCAGGCGUGGCCUUCCCCCCAGCAGUGCCUCCCCGUCCCCAGCCCACACAGGCCCCCGGGCCUCACGGCCAUCGCUCGGCGGAGGGAGAUGGGCUGCCGGCCCACCCCAGCACCUCCCCGCAGCAGAUCCCCGAGCAGCCCAACUUCGCCGACUUCAGCCAGUUCCAGGCCUUCGCCACCGAGCCCGCCGAGGACGGGGAGAAGCUUCCGGAAAGCGCGCAGGCGGAGAAGCCGGGGGAAGCAGCCGGCUCUUUGAGAACGGCGAAGGCUGACGUCCCGGCAGAAGACCGCUCUGCCCCGGCUGUGAACUCGGCCAAAGGCUCCACACCCCUGGCCCCCCCACCAAAGCCCGUCCGCAGGAGACUAAAAUCGGAGGACGAGCUCCGGCCGGAGGUGGAGGAGCACCCGCAGAAACCCAACGUCAUAGCUGCUGUUCUGGCCACUCAGCCGUCUAUUCCCAGAUCAGCUGGCAAGGAUAAAAAGUCUAUACAAGCCUCGAUCAGAAGAAACAAAGAAACGAAUACAGUGUUGGCCAGGCUCAAUAGUGAAUUACAGCAACAGUUAAAGGACCUGCUAGAAGAGAGGAUAUCCCUGGAAGUUCAGCUGGAGCAGCUCAGACCAUUUUCUCACUUAUAACGGGGAGGGGCGUCUGCCACGCGACUGAACAUUCAACGAGGGCGAGUGAGAGAGAGAGAGAGAGCGAGAGAGAGAGAGAGACCUUCAGAGUCCGAUCCCUCCCCUUCCAGGACGCACGAGUGACCACCCCUAGUCCCACCCCUCCUCUGCUCCAGCAGGCUCUACAAGCAAACGCACCCCCCCGCCCACCCCACUCAGACACCGAUUGGCCAGCGAGCAUGUCGCUCCAGAGUCCUCGGGGGUAGGAGUGUUCCCAAUUGAGGCACUUUCAUUUCAACUGAAUAAAAAAUAUAUAUAUAUAUAUUUAAAAACGUCUAGCCCCCUUACUAGUGCAGUGCUUCCGGUCCCUUCCCCCUUGGAAAGUCUUCAGUUAACGUGAGCAGCGGAGGCUAUUGCGGUUGGACAGUAGGUGGCGCACUUGAGCAAGCGGAGGGCGAAGUGGCUCGGGGCCGGGGCAGAGGCCGCGGUUAGCGGACGCGGUCGUGGUUAUGAACAUCGACGGCCGUCGGUCAUAUUUGCGACCCCUGCACACGGUGCGGUAACAAUGGAAGGUCUGUGCUGACGUGCGCCCGGGCGCCAGUCACUCAUCUCCGCCAUCGAAGGACGAGCUUUCCCUUUUGUUUCUGCGUCCCCAGCGGUUUCCAGAGUAACGCGAAGAAGUUGCGUACCUUGUACAGUACUUGACCCAAAACAACUGCAUACACUUCCCCUCUCCUUUUUGUUGUUUCUUACUUUUUUUUUGUUUUGUUUUGUUUGUUUUUUUAUUUUCCUUUUUUCACUUACACGGACAUUACCUGUAGCUUACACUGUACCUUACCUGAAUCGGUCCCACUCCAAACAGAGCAAAGUGUGACGUGAAGCCUAAAAUCAAAUGACUGCACCCCCCCCCUUUCCCCAAAAACCAUUUUAAUCUGCAUGUUUUUCAUGUUCUUACUGUUACCAGACUCAAAAAAAUAAAUAAACCACUUAAUUUUUAUAAGUAUAUUAACUAGUAUGACUUAAUUUGUGUUGGUACCUAAACUUGUAUGAGUCUUUUUUUUUUUCGUUUUGAUUUUGCUUGUUUGUUUUAUUUUGUUUGUUUUGUUUGUUUUUGUUUUGUUUUUCUGGAACCUUCCAUGUUCCUUUUGACCUGUCCUCUAAGCCUUACUCCUGCCGUUCAGAUCUCCACUUUACUAUACUGUCCCUGUACUGAACCAAGGCAAGCCUUCUUUCCCCUGCUGUCCAGGUUGAUGUACUGUAUAAGGGGUAUGUUGUAUAUUGUAUGAUACACACCUUUUGAUCUCAUAUGUAAAUUUGCAUUAAUUGCUGACUAACAGCAAAUAUUCUAUUUAAUUGCUUAUAUUAUGGCUGUGGGAUCAUAGAUGUUUAACUGCAUGGAUGUCUCUGCAGAAUGGACUAGCAGCUGUGUGAUUUUUACACAAAAUAAAAACAGCACAAUAUUUUAA